CUUUCUCCAUGAACAGGUGCCUAUGUGCAGCCACAGCAAAUGUCCAACAGCAGCUCCAUCAGCCACUUCCUCCUGCUGGCACUGGCAGAGACGCGGCAGCUGCAGCUCCUGCACUUCUGCCUCUUGCUGGGCAUCUCCCUGGCUGCCCUCCUGGGCAACGGCCUCAUCAUCAGCGCCGUAGCCUGCGGCCACCACCUGCACACGCCCAUGUUCUUCUUCCUGCUCAACCUGGCCCUCAGCGACCUGGGCUCCAUCUGCACCACUGUCCCCAAAGCCAUGCACAAUUCCCUCUGGGACACCACCACCAUCUCCUACAAAGGAUGUGCUGCACAGCUCUUUUUUUUUGUCUUUUUCAUCUCAGCAGAGAUUUCCCUCCUGACCAUCAUGUGCUACGACCGCUACGUGUCCAUCUGCAAACCCCUGCACUACGGGACCCUCCUGGGCAGCAGAGCUUGUGCCCACAUGGCAGCAGCUGCCUGGGCCAGUGCCUUUCUCAAUGCUCUCAUGCACACGGCCAAUUCAUUUUCCCUGCCCCUGUGCCGUGGCAAUGCCCUGGGCCAGUUCUUCUGUGAAAUCCCACAGAUCCUCAAGAUCUCCUGCUCCAAAUCGUACAUCAGGGAACUUGGGCUCAUUGCUGUGGGUGCCUGUUUAGAUUUUGGUUGUUUUGUGUUCAUUGUUUUCUCCUAUGUGCAGAUCUUCAGGGCUGUGCUGAGGAUCCCCUCUGAGCAGGGACGGCACAAAGCCUUUUCCACCUGCCUCCCUCACCUGGCUGUGGUCUCUCUGUUCCUCAGCACGGCCCUGAACCCCCUCAUCUACAGCCUGAGGAACCAGGAGCUCAAGGCUGCAGUCUGGAGACUGAUGACUGGAUGCUUUCAGAAACAUUAAACUCCUGGCCAGUUUCUGUAGAUCACCUGUAAUAAAUGUCGUCUUUCCUAGUCCUUGUUGGUUUAAUUUUGGAGGUUCUUUUCCAUUGUUUUACUUGUUACAGAUUUUUCACAAUCAAUGUCAUUGUGCCAUUUCUCAUUUUGUUUCUCUUCACUUUCCCUGUGGCCACAGACUGUGUCAAUGAGGGGCUGCGCUCUCGUUGGCUUUAAUGGAACUCAAGGAUGUCCCAGCAAAGUUUUCUGCAGAGAUGCCCUUUUGUUGCCUUCUCUGGAGCUGCAGCAGCAAUGUCUGUGUGCAGAGCUGGGGGCAGAUCAGUGCUGGCACAGCAGCUCUGCUCCUGCUGGCCACACCAUUCCUGAUCCAGGCCAGGAGCCAUUGGCCUUCUUGGCCACCUGGGCACACGGCUGGCUCAUGUCCAGCCUGCUGUCCAUCAGUCCCUGCAGGUCCCUUUCUGCCUGGCUGCUGUCCAGCCCCUCCGUCCCCAGCCUGGAGCACUGCAGGGGUUGUUGUGGCCAAAGUGCAGGACCUGGCA